AUGGAUCCGAUCGAUUAUCCUGUUUCUGAUCCGGCGUCAAGUCCGCCGCCAAAAACAGCAAUCGAUCAGAGUUUUACGACAUACUACUCAAUUUCGCCUGGAAAAUCGUGUGACAUGGAAUACGAAACAUUUAAUCUGACCGAAACAAUUCGGCUUCAAUUAAGUGACGGCGAAGAGAUGAUAGUUGAACGAAAUCGGUUAUGCUAUUAUUCGAAUUAUUUUCGGUGUUUAUUCUCUUCAAAUUUUCGCGAUUCAAGAGCACCGGUACAUCGGAUUCGACUUAUAUCUGCAACAAAUCUUCACAUUUUGUUGACAAUUCCGCGUGCUUUAGAGAAUGGAAUCAAACCCGAAAUUUCGCUUCAAAAAGCGAUUGACCUUCUCGAGCCCGCCGCCUAUCUCCAAAUGGAUUUGAUGCUGGACUUCAUCUCGGAUAUUAUUUGUGAUCAUCUCCAUUAUUCAAAUAUCGUCAAACUCUUCCAUCAUUCCUUAUUGUAUUAUAUUCCAUUAUCAAUACGAAUUUGGCGCCGGAUAUUGGUCGAAUUCCAAUCGAUAUACUCAUCUGGAGAAUUUUUGAAUUUCUCUGAGGAUGAGCUCAUCGCGUUGCUUUGCGACAAAAAUUUAUCGUUGAAAAGUGUCGAUGAACGCCAAUUAAUUGAGAAAUGGGUCAAAUCGAAAACGUAUGAAAAAUCGAGGAAUAUGCGACAAUUUGCCGAGAAAAAUUUCGCGAGAAGACCUCUGCCCGAUGGCACAAGACAUGAAGUGAUUCGGAAUCGGCAACCCUCAUCAGGAAUUGUCUGUUUUGGGGGCUGGUGUCAAAGAGGCGUAUCUCAAUUGGUCGAAGUAUUCAACACUAGAAGUGAAAGAUGGCAACCGUGCAAGUUCAACUAUCAAGUGCCUAGCUUGAAGCGAGCCUAUCACGCGAAUGAAAUUGUCGACAACAAACUGAUUGUGUUCGGAGGGUUCAGUGGACACGAUUACUACCAAACCACACUAAUUUUUGAUUUGAUUACCAAGGAAGGCAAACUUGGAAAAAACAUGCACGAUAAACGGAGCUAUCUCGCCGGCGCAUCAUUGAUCGAUUCGAACGGUAGAAAAAUGAUCUACGCGUGUGGAGGAAUGAACGGAACAUCGAGAUUGCGUUCGGUCGAAUGCUACGAUUAUCUCGAAGAUGUCUGGACAGAAUGCGGCAUGAUGACGUUGCCACGAUCCGAUGGAGCCAUUUCGACGGUUGGCGGACGGAUCAUCGCCUCCGGCGGAUUUGACGGAAGGAGUGUUCAUUCGUCAUGCGAAAUUUACGAUCCGAUCGCCGAUUGUUGGUUGACAGCGGGACGGCAGAUGAGGGUCCGCCGGACCGGGUGCUCGUCGGCAGCGUUCAUGGAUAAUGUGUGCAUUGUCGCUGGCGGAUUCAAUGGGCACAAGCGACUCGAUUCAGCCGAAUUGUUUGAUAUUCGUGAAGGGAUCUGGCAUGCUCUGCCAUUGAUGCAAUGCGGAAGGUCUAAUUUCGGAAUGAUCUACUCUGAAAAUUAUAUUUACGCCGCUGGAGGGUUCGAUGGUCAAGCAACCACAAAAGAAAACGAACGAUUUGAUUUACGAGCUCGAAAGUGGCAGGCUCUUCCUGAUUUGAACGAGACAAAAUCGGCGCUGCGAUUAUUGCAAAUCUCGGAUCAUCCGAUUCUCGACGAAUUAUUCAAUAUACCCGAAGACUUUGAUAUCGUCAAAGGAUGGAGCUGA